AUGAACAACCUAGAUGACAGCGACGAUUUGUCACCCUUGCAUAAAACAAGGGAUCAACAAUUUGACUGGUUCCAUUUCGAAACGAGGAUGAGAAAGGUAAUCCAAGAUAUGAUAAAUCCUAUUAUCAAGUCUAAUGAAGAUAACUCAGAUAACUGCAAAGCACUUGACUCAUCUUUGGAAGAGCUGCGUGACAAGCAACAGGACUCUGAGUUCAGACUUAAAAGACUUGAAUCAGGCACUGUUGAGUUUAUAAAUUUAGAUAAACGUAUUACUGACCUUCGAACCGAAAGUCAGAUGGCUUGAGAGGAAACCAAGCACAACCUUCACGCUGUAAAAGCAGAGUUAAUGGAAGCUAAAAACAUGAGCUCAUAUGCAGCCGAAUUAGCAAGAACUUUUCAAGAUUUAUUAGAGAAGAAUAACGGAGAGAUUAGAAAUCUCAGUGAAUAUUUCUUUGAUUUGAAGGAUUCUAAUAACCAGAAAAUCCUGAAAAUCUCUGAAGAGAUUUCAGAAUCAAAGAUAAAUUUGAAAUCUAAAAUUGAUGAAUUCAAAUUUGACAUCAUUGAUCUCUCUGCAAGCAUUGAAAGCAUCCAAGCAAAUCUGGAUAAGUACCACCUUAAGCUGGAAAGUUCGAAAGACUACCAGAAAAGGCUUGCUGAGAAAGUGAAGAAAAGCUUGGAUACCUCCAAAACUGACAAGAUGAUAGAUAAAUUAUCAAGUGAAUUCUCUAAUAGUUGUUCUAUACUUGAACAUAAAGUGAAGGAAAAUACCCAGAAGAUCUAUAUUCUAGAGGAAUAUUUGGACAAAUAUAUGCCCAUGAAAAUCCAGUCUACCAUUUCAGGAACCAUGGGGCCUGUUUUGUCCAGCAAGAAGCAGAAAAAGUUGAACAGUAUGCUCCAAACAAAGAUGCAGAAGAUGACCUCUCAUAUCGUUUCAGAUAAAGAAGCUAAUAUAGAGGAGAAGUUAAAUAAAAUUGCUAAGGCAACUGGGAGGGAUAAAUUUGAAUAUAAACAAGAGGUAAGAUCCAACAGCCGAGCUUCUUACGUGAAUGGUGAGAAUAGUGCACUUGAGAAGGAGACGAGAGAACCCAAUCAUGAGAGUAGGAAGACAUUAAAAGAGAGUCAGGAUUCUAAAUAAAAUUCAUUCCUUCCAGGUUUCUAAACAUCAGACUCUAAAAUUAACUGAUAGGAAGAGCCCACUGGAAGAGACAAAAGGUCAGAAACAGAAUGACUCUAAGAGUAAACCCAAAGAUUCUAAGUUAAAGAAUGAUAGAGAAAAGUCACAAGACAACUCAAUAGACCAAAAAGCUGCUGUGAACCUAAAUAUAGACCCAAAGAAAGUUAAGAAUUCAAAAAGCUUAAAGAAGUCUAUGAUAACACCAAAGAAUAAAAUAAAAAUAUCUUCAAAGAAAAAGGUGAAUUUUGAAACAGUUAAGAAUGACUCUCCAGAGCAUGAUUUAAGCCCAAAGUUUGCAAAUCCGACUCCUGAUGUUAGUAAAGAGCCUACUUCAAUUGCAGACACCCCAAAAGAAGGUCAAAACUCUAAAAGAGAUCUUCAAAUAAAUCAGGCAAACCAUAAUAAAGAAGAGCUCCCUCACAAAGAAGAGGAAGAAGAUGAUUUCGAAAAUGAGGGUGGGGAGAGUGAGCCUGAUAAUCCUGACCAGAAAGACAAUGAGGAACCUUCUGAAGAAAGCAAGCAGCCAGUGAUAGAAGUCCCUGUUGUACAAGAGAUUACUCAACAAGAAGAUCAUAUAAGCAAGACCUCUUGGGAUCCUUCCCAGAAUAUUUCAGAAACUCCAAUGAGGGGUGAUAUACCUGAGAGCUCAAGAUUUAAAGGAACAAAAAUUGAGGGAGGUCAAACCAUAACUGAGAGUGAUAAGAAUCAUCCUGAGAAAGUUCCUACUCCAAGUUCAAAAGUGAGUCUUCCAAAGGAUGUACCUCAAAGUCCUAGUAGCAACAUUGUAAUGUCCUCCAAGAAUAGCUUUGCACCUCAAAAGGAUAAGACAGAUGUCAAAUUUUCAUCUCAUUACGGCAAAUUCUCUUCUGAGAAUUUUGAAAUAGAAAAAGAAAAGGAUGUCGAAGCAAAUUCUGACAGAGAACUUCUGAAUCCUGUCAUGUCAGCAGUCAGUCGUGGCUCUUUAAACAGAAGCAUGAGAAAUAGGAAGAAAUCUCAGUCUGAAAAUGACACAGUCAAGGCUAGUGAUCCACAGCGCAGAAGAAUAGUUAAAAGAAAACCAGUCCAAGCUAUCUUAGAAACCAGGCAAAAUAUUGCUAGUGACUCUGAGAAUGAGAAUAGUGAAGAUGAGUUCCUUACUCAGCUAUCAAGGUCUUUAUCUCCUCAUAAGUCCAAGAAGAAAUCAGAGAGGAGUAUUAAUCAAGAGAACUUCAAUAGCUCAAGAGGGAACGAAAGAUCCCAUACUCCUCUUGGAACUGAGAAUGAUAGCAUAAAUGUCUCAGAUUCUGACCAAACCUCUAAUGUUUCAAGGCAAGACCUUAGAGAUUCUGAAAGUGAAGAGGAAUCAGACUCUGAUGCGCAAGAAAAUGUAAGGUAUGAUACAGCUUACGUAGACCAAACUAGGAACGAUAUUAUGGCUCAAAUUUCUGAGCUCGACCAAAAAUUUCUUAAUGUCACAGAGUCCAUUAACGAGAGAAUCCAGGGGAUUAUCAAUGACACACAGCUUUCAGAGGUAUACCAGCAACUACAGCAAGAAAUCCAGGACAGAAAGACUGCUGUCUUUGAUCUUUCUACUGAAGUUAGCAAAAACAUGAGAGAAGUUAAUGCUGAUUUGGAAGAAUUUAAAAUCCUUGCUAAGAAAUUCAAGAGGGACAAAAGUGACUUAAUGAUUCUAAAGAACUCCUUCAAAACUGAUAUUGACAAACUGGAUUCUAAAAUAUCCCUGUCCAUUGAGGAUAUAACCAGUCUUGCAUUCUUCUGUGCCAAGCUGACUGAAUUCUUAAAGUUCAGGAAUGAGUACGAGGUGCAUGAGUAUUAUAAUGAAAAAGACCAGAUUUACUCAAAUAGCAUCAAUAUUAGCCAGGAGAAGUUCCCCUCUAUCUUAGAAAGCAAGGAGAUCAACAUGAAGAAGUUCUUAACAAAUCGAGGGUCAACCAGGAACAAAGGUCAGUUCAAUUUGGAUAAUAACUGCAACAAUUCUUCGAUGUACAAUUUGCCUUUUGUGUACAGAGAAAUGCAAUUUGCACCCCCUCAGGUUGUCAAGAUGAAGGAAGUAAUGAUGGCAGGGUUGCUUAAUUCACUCCAUGUGGAAAAGCCAUUUGAGUCAAUGGGUGUGAGCCUGAAUAACAUAUUUGAGAAAUACUUAAUCCAAGUGCAACAAACCCAAAGAGCCACUCAGUCUGCAGAAAGAGAUAUUUCAGGAACUCAUAAUGAAGAAAGUAAAGACAAAGUAAAAAUUGAGGUCAGACAGAUGAAACUCAAAGGUAACAAAUAUAGGGGAAAUAAGAGGAUGAGUAAGUCAGUCCUUUCUUCCCCUAAGGGGAUCAUCAAAAAGGCCAAUCUGAGUAUAUCAGACUAUAACAUUGACAACCUGCCAAAGAUCAAUCGCAAGUCAUUGAGGAAUAAAUAAGUUUCAAUAAU